CUGAUGCAACACUGUAGGAAGAUAACACAAGCAUCAGGUUAAAGCUGAGGGCUAAACGAUCAGAGAGGAAGCCGUUACUUAUCCCCACACAGAAUCAGACAGGAGUUUCUUCUGCUUUUCUUCUUCUACAUUCACCGGUACCAGCAUGCCUGUCAUCAGAAUCCUCAGCAAGGUGGCCCAGCAGGCCCUGCUCAGCAACCCAGGGUGUGGCUGUCAGCCCCUGACUGUGGCUGUGCGCAACAUCAGCUUCUCCCCUCGGCAGGUGACGUCUGAUGCCAGCUUCCACUCUGUGUCCUUCUCUGAAACGGAUCACCCCAAGGUGCUCAUCACAGGUGGCCUGGGUCAACUCGGAGUUGGACUCGCCAAAUUGUUGAGGAAGAGGUUUGGAAAGAACAAUGUCAUCCUGUCUGACAUCAGAAAACCUCCGAGCAACGUUUUCCACAGCGGACCCUUUAUCUACUCAGAUAUCCUGGACUACAAGAACCUACGGGAAAUUGUGGUGAACAACCGCAUCACUUGGCUGGUCCACUACAGCGCCCUCCUCAGUGCUGUUGGAGAAGCAAAUGUUGCCCUUGCUCGUUCUGUUAACAUCACUGGGCUUCACAACAUCCUGGACAUCGCAGCUGAGCACGGCCUGCGCCUCUUUGUACCCAGCACCAUCGGCGCCUUUGGGCCAACUUCUCCUCGCAACCCCACGCCAGACUUGUGCGUGCAGAGACCUCGCACCAUCUAUGGCGUCUCCAAAGUCCACGCUGAGCUCAUGGGAGAGUACUACCACCACCGUUAUGGCCUGGACUUCCGCUGCCUCCGCUACCCAGGAAUCAUUUCUGCUGACUCGAUGCCCGGAGGCGGCACGACAGACUACGCUGUCCAGAUUUUUCACGACGCCAUCAAAACCGGCAAGUUUGAAUGCAACUUAAGACCUGACACACAGCUGCCUAUGAUGUACAUUGACGACUGUCUGCGCGCCACAUUGGAGGUAAUGGAGGCGCCUGCUGACACACUGAGCAUGAGGACCUACAACAUCAACGCCAUGAGCUUCACUCCUGAGGAGCUGGCUCAGGAGCUGCAGAAACAUAUGCCUGAGCUGGAGGUCACAUACGAUGUUGACCACGUACGACAGGCUAUUGCUGACAGUUGGCCAAUGAACUUCGACGACAGUAACGCACGGAAUGACUGGGGCUGGAAACACGACUACGAUCUUCCAGAGCUCGUCCAGACAAUGCUCAACUUCUUUGCUUCAGAACAGCUCAUGGCUCGUGCUAACUGAGGCUGCACACAAUCAGUGUUGUCUGCUGAGUCUUUGUACAUAAUGUAAAGACUGACCAAAGAGAAUAGAGAAACAUGGCCUGUACAUAGUUGUUCUCUCACUUCUCUGUCAAAUCAGAAGGGCUCUGCUUGCCUGGCACAAGGCUUCCGUGUCACCAAAAUGUAAAGGUCCUCGGUACGGGACCUGACAAUCCUCCCAGCUCCUGUCUAUCUACUCCUGCUUUUCUCCUUUUUUGUCUCAUUGGAGAUGUGGCAAAAAGUUCACUUAAGGCUGUAAACGGUGUCAGGGAUAACAACAAGGUGAGAACUAGUUCAGAUGGUAAAGAUGACAUGCAUGUUGAUGAUUUGUGCAAAGUUUGCAAAGAUAUCUUGGCUUACGUUGGUAAUAAUCUAAGAAUGUUGCAUUGUGUCAUUGUGAUCAUUUCAACCAUUCUCUCUGGAAAUCUGUGUGUAAAAACCUCCAAGGAUGAUCAGAAUUCAGAACUUCAAAUGUCCAAGUUUCUUUGGGUAGAGGAUUGAACCGAUAUACAAGUUGUGUCCUUUGAUGCACUUUGGACACAUUUGAUCUGAAAUUAAUAGAGCUGAAUCACCUGCAGGGGUGGUAUCUGAUACAGUGCAUCUGUAUUUCAAGCAGUGCAGAGCAAUAAUUCAUGAGAAUUGUUCUUCUGUUUAUUCCAUGUUUGGUUAUUUAUUCUGUCUGUUGGUGUUAAACAUGUGGGAGCUUCUUCAAGUGAAAACAUUUCUUAACACUUUAAGUGUUCCUGUCCACUUUUAUGUUAUUUUAUUUUUCAUCAGUUCUGGGAAUUAUUUUUGUGACAAAGGGAAAUGUGACAAUUACAUCCAGGAAAUAAUGGUGUUUUAUUUUUCUGUAUUUCAACAUUUUGUAACAGAAAUGCUGGAAUUUGUUCUAUAUGAAAGUCUUGGCAGGAUCUGUCUGUUCUUUCAGUCACACAAGCUUUGACAAUAAAUCUGUUUUCCUAAUA